UUCAGGCCUCUCUCCCGUGGGUUGAUUCGCCAUGGGAAAGAUCAACAAAAAAUUGGCCCUAAAAAAAGUGGCCCCAGUGGCUCCGGAGGCUCCAGUAGCCUCCCCUUCCAUUCAGAAAACAGGCCUCAAAAACAAAGAGUCUUCGAUAUUGAUGCUCAAGAAACCCGAGAAUCCGAUGAAAGCCACGCGAAUGAAGAAAAAGGAUAAACUGAAGCUCAAAAGAAAAGGCCUGGAGAAUAAAUUAGAGCAAGCGCACAACGCGAAGGCUGAGCUGAAGGCCAAAAAGAAACGCGAUAAGGUGCCAAUUAUCGGUGACACCAAACCCAUGUCGGACACGUUGAAGAUGCUGGACGCUAUUUUGGAAGAGGAUGAUCGCCAGAAGGCCAAACAGAGUGCCAAGAAGAAGCCCGUCCAAAAAAGGAAGGUCAAGACCAAGGACCGGAACUCUCAAUUCACGAAGGACUUGCACUUAUUUGCGCAGGUCAAGAAGCACAAGGAGUUCCUCAAGGACCCAUUUAACACCAUUGGAACGCACCUUGAAAACAAAGCUCUGGCUGACGCAGCCAUGGACGACAAUGACGUCUAA